AUGGCUAACACUCAUGGUCUUCUACCUCGCUUGCAGGGUCAGGUCACUUCAUUCCUUAACAUUGGUGAUGCUUCUCCAAGAUACACUUCGUUUCCUGCUCAUCACGGUGUUCCUGCUUCUCAGUUGUUGAUUCACGAUAGCGGUGUCAUCAGUCUGUCUUCUAAAAAUGUCAGAUUCACUUCUAGAUGCGGCAUUCAACGAUGGAACAAAUUAAUGUCCGAUGCUCGAUGCAUGUCAUUUACAAACACUUCUUCUCAGUUACAUGUCGUUGGCUCUCCAACAACGCUCUCUGUAGUCAACAUGUAUCGAGGAACUAUCGUCAACGAGAUCUCGCUGGACGAGCCCAUUGUUGCCAUGAAACAGGGGAAAUUCAUGGCACAUGCUACUGAAAGUGGAAGAGUUCAAUUUCUUGAUCCCAGAACAAUGGAAAUCGAACAUACCAUCUUAGCUCAUGCUGGUGGAAUUUUAUCCAUGGACAUCAUAGGCAAUACUAUGGCUACGUGUGGUUACUCCAUUCGAAAUGGCGCCUUGUUGCCCGAUCGCUUGAUCAAAUUGUACGAUAUCAGAACAAUGCGAGCUCUUUCUCCUAUCCCCUUUUCUGUAGGACCAGAACAUGUGCGAUUCCAUCCAAAACAACCUUCUCGUCUUUUGAUUCUAUCUAAAACUGGCGCGGUUCAAAUCUGCGACAUCACAUCGCCAAACUACACCGGUGUAACAUUCAUUAGAGCCGAUAUGCCUGGAAUGAUAUCUUCUAUGGAUAUAUCGUCAAAUAGCGAUGCAUUUGCUGUUGGCGACACAACAAAUUCCUGCGCUGUUUUUUCUACGCAUGAGACUAUUAGAUACAAUCCAUAUUCUCGACAGAGCGAAUACAGAAGCAUGUUUGUAGACAAAUCCACUGUUGAAAUCGGAGAUGAUACUCCACUCUCUGCUGUUGGUAUGCCAAGAUAUACUUCUGAACUUCUCUCUGCCUGGCCAAAUUCCCUCUUGAUCAAUGUGGGUCGGCCUCAACCUCGUAUUCCACCAGAAGUACUGAAAAAUGUCAAAAUGAGCGAUUUUGUUGGUUAUGUGCAAGAUAUGCCAUUAAAGCGCAAUCAAAAUUUGAUCAUGUCAAUCCGCGCUUCUACACCUACCUGUGCAUCACCGGGCUUAAGUGGUCCCAAGUUUAGAUCGCAGCAGCAACGUGACAGGCUUCAUCGAAAAUUUAAAACUGAAGGUCAUUCAGCCAAAUCAUCUCUCAAAUCGCCAGAAACCAAUGAUCCGUCUUUACAAGAAUCUGAAAUUUCUGAAUACCAUUGGCACAAGAUUGAAAUCAAGUAUAGCAAAUUUGGUGUAGAAGACUUUGAUUUUGAGUAUUACAAUCAUACAGUUUACGGUGGUUUGGAAACACAUAUUCAAAACUCGUAUUGCAAUCCGCUUCUUCAAAUACUGUUUUUUAAUCGUCCGCUAUGUGAACUUGUCAAGUCACAUAUCCGCACUGCGUGUAUGAAGGAUUUGUGUUUGGCUUGCGAGCUUGGAUUUUUGUUUCGUAUGCUAGAAGAUUCAAAAGGUGCCAACUGUCAGGCGUCCAAUUUUUUACGAGCCUUUGGCGCUACUCCUGAAGCAUGUGCACUGGGAUUGGUUGAUGCUGAAGUUUCACAUACAGAUCCGCAAAGCGUAUUAACCUUGCAGUAUGAUAAACUCAUCCAAACCACAAUGCGAUUUUUGCUGGAGCAGCUUCAUCAAGAACUGGGGGCCAAAUCCACAAAACAUUCACAGGCAAUUGAUUAUCCACCCGAUGAGUACAUCAAAACAAUUUAUGGUAUUCCACUUUGGACUUUGAUCAAAUGUCAUGGAAACCAUGAUCAUAAUCGUGAUAGCGUACCUUUUGUCAUUGAUUUACACUAUGAUCACAAAAAUCUACCUGCAAACUUUUUGGAGCUUUUACAUGCCAGUAUCAACAAGGAGUCUUCUACUCGUGCCUGGUGUGACAAGUGUCAAAAGUAUCAGAAUAUAAAACAGUCUCGUAAACUUACCAAACUUCCCAAUUUUUUGAAUUUGAAUGCCAAUAUUACCAAUGAUCUAGAGUCUGAACUUUGGCGUCGAGAUACACAAGACGGAUCAUCGUGCUUUCUUCUUAAAAGUUUUGUAUUGCGACGUGAUGCGGACGGCUAUUUGAUAGUUGAUCAAAGCGGGGUUGACGUUGAUGUUGAUCUAAACUCUUCUGAUGUUGCUAUUUACGAUUUAAAAACUGUUGUAUCGGCAAUUCAAUUUGAAAACGAGCCGACUCAUCUUGUAGCAUGUAUUAAUGUUUCUGAUGAUUAUGACGCUCCCAAAUGGUACCUAUUUAAUGACUUUUUAGUGCAAGAGAUUUUUAAUGGAGAAGAAUGUCGGUUUGAAGAUUGGAAGAUGCCUGCAAUCAUACAGUAUAUUCGACGGACACACCCAGAUAAAAAUGAAUUCUUUUUGUCUCCUGUCGAACCUGAUUUUUCUAUUUUGAUUAAGCAUCAAAAUAUCAACAAGCAAAAAGAUGUUUGUUUCAACUAUGAGCUGCUUACCGAGUUGGAAAUACCUUGUAUCUCGGAAUACAUUUGUGCGAUUGAUGCCGAGUUUGUUGUCAUGACGGAAGCAGAGAUGGAGAUUAAAAGUGAUGGAUCAAAAUCGAUUAUUCGUCCUGCUGAAUCAGGUCUUGCUCGAGUCAGUGUAAUUCGUGGAAUAGAGCCUCGAAUGGGUGUGCCAUUUAUCGACGAUUACAUUUUCAUAUCGCAGCCUGUUGUCAAUUACCUGACCGAGUUUUCUGGAAUUAUUGCCAGUGAUUUGGAUGUUCGAACCUCUAAACUUCCGAUUGUAUCUCUCAAAAUUGCGUACAAAAAACUACGCUUGCUAGUUGACAUUGGAUGCAUAUUCGUUGGCCACGGACUCAAAAAAGAUUGUCGCACAAUCAAUAUCUUGAUUCCGCCUCAUCAAAUUAUUGACACGGUUGAUAUUUAUUACUUGAAGCAAUACAGCCGAAAGUUGUCACUGCGGUUCCUUGUAUGGUUUUUUUUCAAGGAAGAUAUUCACUCAAGCUCUCACGAUAGUGUGGAAGAUGCCCGAGGCGCACUGCGCAUUUAUCAAAAAUAUCUCGAGGCAAAGGAACAGGCAAGGUUUGAUACAUUACUAGAGGAGAUUUAUCAAGAGGGUCGUAAAUUCAACUUUCGUCCCCCAAAUGCACUGACUGGAAUCGCCAAUACGACACAGUAUGAUAUGCAUGCACGUACACAAAGCUCAGAUCUGUAACCAACUCAAGCUUUUUUUAUCUACUGGCUACUGUUCUGAUUAGGAUUGAACGCAUCCUUUACUGAUUCCAGAUUGGUAUUUAAAGCUACUAAAAUAAAAUCAUAUUUGAAUC